UAAAUGGCUACCAAAAUGCAGGUUUUAUACGUUGGGGCAUAAAUUGCUGAUUGGUGAUAGAUAAGACUUUUGCGUAUUCUAAUAGCGCUUCAUAGUAGAGUAAAUUACACGCACGCUUUGCUGACACUCGCUUAGCACACUCUCCAACGAGAAAACGAUGUCCAUUUUAAACAAGAGAACAAGUUAACGUUAGCAUUCAAGUCACAGACGAGACUCAGGGGAUAACUGAGGACUUCCGUUAGCAACAGUAGCAGGUACCGUAGCAACAGCGGACGCUUGUUUGUUUCAUCGUUACAGCUAACGGAGAAUGCAAACGGCUGCUUUACAUAGUUUACGGUGAUCAACAGAACGAACAUCCACCAUGAGACUGAAAACGUCGCUCCUAAAGGAAUCCAAACAUAAAGAACUCGUGAGCUGCGUUGGCUGGACCACAGCAGAUGAGCUGUACUCGUGCAGUGAGGAUCAUCAGAUUCUCAAGUGGAACCUGCUGACCAGUGAGACCAGUCUGAUUGUCAAACUGCCAGAGGAAAUUUACCCUACUGACCUACACUGGUUCCCCAAAACUGUUGGUGUGAAGAAACAGGCCCAGGCUGAAAUCUUUGUCCUUACCAGCACUGAUGGAAAGUUCCACUUAACCUCAAAGAUGGGUCGCAUUGAGAAGAGUGUUGAGGCGCACAAAGGAGCUGUUUUGGCUGGAAGAUGGAACUAUGACGGGACUGCUCUUAUCACUGCUGGAGAAGAUGGGCAGAUUAAAAUCUGGUCAAAAAGUGGGAUGCUACGCUCGACACUAGCCAGCCAAGGAUCUCCUGUAUAUUCUGUGGCCUGGGGUCCGGACUCGGACAGAAUUCUCUACACUUCAGGAAGACAGCUAAUUAUCAAGCCUUUACAGCCCAGCGCCAAAAUCAUACAGUGGAAGGCUCAUGAUGGGGUCAUUCUGAAGGUAGACUGGAAUUCAGUCAAUGACCUAAUCCUGUCAGGUGGGGAAGAUUGUAAAUAUAAGGUAUGGGACAGCUUUGGACAUCUGCUUCACUGCUCACUGUCUCAUGACUACCCAGUCACAUCUUUGUCCUGGGCUCCAGAUGGAGAGGUGUUUGCUGUGGGCUCUUUCAACACCCUGCGGCUCUGUGAUAAGACUGGAUGGUCCUAUGCGUUAGAGAAGCCCAACACAGGGAGUGUGUUCAGCUUGGCCUGGUCUGCGGAUGGCACCCAGCUGGCCGGAGCCUGCGGCAACGGACAUGUCAUCUUUGCCCAUGUGGUGGAGCAGCACUGGGAGUGGAAGAAUUUUGUGAUCACUCUUACAAAGAGGAGAACCAUGCAGGUGAGGAAUGUGCUGAACGAUGCAGUGGACUUAUUGGAGUUUAGAGAUCGAGUCAUCAAAGCAUCUCUGGCAUACGGUCACCUAGUGGUUGCGACUUCCCUCCAGUGCUAUGUCUACAACUCAAGAAACUGGAAUACUCCUCUCAUCUUUGACCUAAAGGAGGGAACAGUCAGCCUCAUCCUACAAGCAGAGAAACAUUUUCUACUAGUGGAUGGAGCAGGGUUGUAUACGUUCUCCUAUGAAGGACGAUUGAUAUCGUCCCCAAAGUUCCCGGGUAUGAGAGCAGAUAUUCUAAAUGCCCAGAGUGUCUCACUUAGUAACGACACCAUAGCCAUUCGGGACAAGAGUGAUGAUAAAGUUAUCCUUCUCUUUGAUGCCCUGACUGGAAAGGCUCUUGGUGAUGGGAAGCCCUUGACUCACAAGCAGGAGGUGUUGGAGAUAGCUCUGGAUCAGUGUGGCCCAUCUACUGACAGGAAAAUUGCCCUGAUAGACAAGAACCGUGACCUUUAUUUGACCACCGUGCGUCAUCUUGGACGAGAACCCAAAAUCUGCAAAAUUGGUAGCAUGGUUCAUAGUAUGGCCUGGAAUGAUGCUGCUAACAUCCUGUGUGGAAUCCAAGACAGCCAGCUCACAGUGUGGUACUACCCAAGUGUUGUCUUCACUGACAAGGAAUUAUUACCGAAGACACUGUACAUAAAAGAUGGCAGUGAGUUCAGACGUGCACCCCAAGUUCUAAACUACAUUGGCACCAAAGUGACAUUACGCCAAGGAGAUGGUUCGUUGGUGUACAGCAGUGUACUACCCUUUCCUGCCCUCCUGCAUGAAUACAGCAUCUCUGCGCGCUGGGAGGAUGCACUGCGCCUCUGCUGCUAUGCAAAAGACCAAUCUUUGUGGGCAUGUCUCGCUGGCAUGGCAAUGGCAAACAGAGAGCUGACUACUGCAGAGAUGGCUUAUGCUGCCAUCGGAGAGUUACCUAGAGUUCAAUACAUCAACUUUCUAAGGGAGCAGCCAUCUAAGGAGUCAUCGUUGGCCCACAUGCUGCUGUUCAGUGGUCAGGUCCAGGAAGCUGAGGCUGCUUUCUUACAAGCUGGUCUCAUCUACCAGGCCAUACAAGUCAACACUGACCUUUAUAACUGGGAAAGGGCAUUGGAGCUGGCAGUUAAACACAAGACCCAUGUGGACACUGUGCUGGCCUAUAGGGAGAAGUUCCUACAGAAAUUUGGCAGGAAGGAGACCAAUAAGAGAUUCCUGCAGUACUCUGAAGGGGUUGAAGUGGACUGGGAAAAAAUCCAAGCAAAGAUAGAGAUGGAGUUGUCUAAAGAGAGAGAGCGAGCUGCUAACACCUCUGUGAGGAGCAGUGUGGCCUCACGCCGUUAAUUUUUAAAAAUGUUUUUUUUUUUUUUUUUUAAGAGGGUCAUGUCCACAAUAAGUACAGCAAGUACGAUUACCUUCAUGUAAAAACCAAAACUGAACAAUUUGGAGAUUUUGUGAUGUUUGUGAUACCUGACUUACACUACACACAUAGUCUUGUCAAGUUACAUAUAAAGCUUUAAACAAAAUCGCAUAUGACAGUCUGUUACUGUGGGUGGCUGAUAGCAGUUUUUUUUAAGGCUGUCUGUAUUUCUGACCAACAGACCUGUGGCCUUCCUGUUGUAGUGACUGAUUUUGAGUGAAUCAAGUUUAAAGUUAAUCUGUUUUCAUUUGUUAACAGUUAACUAGUUAUACUCAUUCAUUUGUAAAUUUGUAUGAGUGUUGUUUUUGUCAUGUUUCAGUUUGUUUUUUACAUUAAAUUAUAUUUUUAUAGUUUACACAUUUAAAGUGUUGCCUUGUGGAAACACGAGAAUGUCCAUUAAUAAAGCACAUGAACCAUACUGUAUGUAUUGAUCCAAAAUGUCCCGUUUCUUUGUUUUUCCCUUUGUGUCGUGACACUUUACUGGUUUUAUACAAGGAUCAGGGAGUAUCUUUGAGGUCUGAGAUUUAUUUUAAGCUUUGCACAUGCACCCUGAAGGUAUUUCUGUGUGCAUGCGUGUUUUCACAGUCUUAAAAUAAUGCAGGGCUUCUCUUUUUAAAUUGUUCUUGUAUUUCCUCCGCUGCUGAGGUGUGAAACAGACCGCUUGCCACGGAGCUCCACCCCCUGGUUAGCAGAGGGCCACUACAUCAGCAGAGGGUUAUAGCCUAUUGAUCUCCACUAGUGGUCCAGGAGGAUGAACAUCUUUCUCAGGGCUCUUCAGAAAGGACUCCUAUACUAUGUCAUGAAGAUGCAGAUGGAUACGGUAGAAAGUGAACAAGAUGAAUCCAGUGAAACAGUGAGUGGCGACAGACACACAUCACAGAAAACAGUGGGAAAAUCUCUCUUUUGGGUUGGGUCUCUCUUGCUGUUUUUUUUUUUUCUUAGCAUCCUGCAGUUUUGGUCACUUCACUUCUAAAAGCCUUUUUUAAUUUCUGUCUUUCCAACAACUAUCUAUCUGAACUAAUGUAUUUUUAAGAGCAGAAAAAAUAAAUCAUUGAUUAGUCAUUGAGGUUAAAGCUAGUUGGGUUCACCGAACGUCUUCCGUGUUCAAAUUCUGCAUAAUACAAGAGUAGUGACGAUUUUCCUGUAAUUUAACACAAAGCAAGUGAGCAUCAUGUACUUGGCGUCAAGCACGCUUUAUCCAAACAACUCCUUCACCUCAAACCAUAUAGAUGUGAGAAAACAGCUAAAUGGUGGAACUGGAUGACCACGUUUCACAUCCAUUACUGCUGGGAGUGGCCACACACAAUAAACAGCAACAUGUGAAAUCAGUUCAUGCUUUCUCUUAAACCAUGCAUUGCGUGAUAUACCUGAUUCACUUAAUUGAAGUGAAUCCUUCGUGCCUCUACCUUCAGCCAUAUCUUAAUAUUAAGA